AUGGAAGCCAAAGAGCACCUGCGUUUGCGCAGCGGGAUGUGCUACAGAAGCACGCAGCCUUGCGGACUGGUCCCAGUAAAUCUUGACAUCAUCCCCCAAAUAAACCUGGUGAAACUUCUUUUGAUGCAUCAGGCAAACCCACACCUUGUGAACUGUAAUGAAGAGAAGCCAUCAGAUAUUGCUGCAUCUGAGUUUAUUCAGGAAAUGCUGCUGAAAGCUGAAAUUGCCUGGGAAGAGGAAACGAAAGAGCCUUUAUCUGUUCCUACCUUAGCCCAAGAGGAGCCAUACGAAGAGAUCGUUCAUGACCUUCCAGCACUCUCUAGUAAGCUCAGUCCCCUGGUGUUACCAAUUGCCAAGCAAGAUAGUUUGUUGGAAAAAGACAUUAUGUUCAAAGAUGCAACAAAAGGUCUGUGUAAGCAGCAAUCUCAGGACAACCCCCCUGAAAACACCACGAUGAACGGCUUCAACAAACCUGAGCAGGUCAAGCUAAUGCCUCCUGCUCCAAACGAUGACCUAGCGACACUCAGUGAGCUUAAUGACGGCAGCCUGCUUUAUGAAAUUCAGAAGCGUUUCGGGAACAAUCAGAUAUACACUUUUAUUGGGGACAUCCUCUUGCUUGUUAACCCAUUUAAGGAGCUUCCAAUUUACUCUGCCAUGGAAACAUAUGGAAUGUUUGUGUUGGGUAAAUGCUGCCUUCUGUACUACAGCUUCUCCACGAACCAGCACAACACUCACCGCAUACAGGUGUCUCUGAGACUCUCUCCAGCAGAUCUACCUGAUCCUCCACCGUCGGGCCCACUGCUGGCUGUGCCCCUGCAUUAUACUCAUACAUUAUUUAUUGGAGAAAGAGGAUCUGGAAAGUCUGAAGCCAGCAAGCAAAUAGUGAGACACCUAACCUGUAGGUCUGGCUCCAGCAGGGCUCUAUUUGAUUCCAGAUUUAAACAUGUCAUGUGCAUUUUAGAAGCCUUUGGACAUGCCAAGACAACUCUUAAUGAUCUGUCCAGUUGCUUCAUAAAGUAUUUCGAACUACAUUUCUGUGAGAGGAAAAAACAUGUAACUGGAG